AUGAACAUUGAUAAAAAAACUCAAAAAUAUGAUCGCCAACUUCGUUUGUGGCAAGCAAGUGGCCAAGCAGCCCUAGAAAACUCAAGGGUGUGUCUUAUUAAUGGAACUGCAACAGGAUGUGAGGUCCUUAAGGAUUUAGUCUUACCCGGCAUUGGAUCAUUUACUGUAGUCGAUGGAAAAGAAGUCGAUUGCGCUGACGCUGGGAUUUCUUUUUUCUUGGAUGGGGAUAGAAUUGGUACAAACAGAGCUCAGGCUGUUACCGAGCUCUUACAAGAAUUAAAUGAAGAUGUGAGGGGGGAUUAUCUUGCAGAGGAUCCUAUUUCUCUUAUUGAGAAUAGAAUAGACUAUUUCUUACAAUUCACCAUUGUAAUAGCCGUUGGUGUUUCAGAAAAACCACUUUUAAAAUUAUCAGAAGCUUUAUGGAAUGAAAAGAUCCCACUAUUUAUUGUACGUACUAUUGGAUUCGUCGGAUAUUUUCGUAUUAUGAUUCCGGAACAUACCGUUGUGGAAACACAUCCGGAGAAUAUCAUUGAUCUGCGGCUUGAUGUACCUUUUCCAGCUUUAGAACAAUAUGUUAAACCUUUUGAUUUUGAUUCUAUGGAUAAUAUGGAUCAUGGGCAUAUCCCUUAUGUAGUAAUUUUGCUGAAAUAUUUAGAUCAAUGGAAAAAAGAUCAUGAUGGAAAAUUACCAAGCACAUCUGCCGAGAAAAAACAAUUCAAACAACUUAUUGAGAGUGGUAGGCGGAAUGCUGAUGAAGAAAAUUUUAAUGAGGCAUUGGCUAAUGUGUGGAAAGCCUUUGCCCCUACUAAAGUGACAAGCCAAGUUCAAGAAAUAUUUAAUGAUCCAGAAUGUGAAUCUAUAACCACAAAUUCCUCUAGCUUUUGGAUUCUUACACGUGCUAUCCGUGAUUUCGUUACGAAUGAAGGUCAAGGAUUAUUACCUUUGGCUGGAACUGUUCCUGAUAUGAAAGCUGAUACUUCUACAUAUGUCACAUUGCAAACUGUUUACCGUCAGAAAGCUAAAACAGAUAUUGCUGCAGUUCGUUCGCAUGUUGAUAAGAUUUUGAGUUCUAUCGGAAGAACGAGUGACUUCAUCCAUGAUGAUGAAAUUACUAGUUUUUGCAAGCAUGCAGCUUUCAUACAGGUAAUUAGAUAUAGGUCACUAAAAGAAGAAUAUAUAAGUGAUCCAAAAAAAGCAGACAUUGAUAGAUGGUUACAAGACCCGCAAGAUAAUAUUGUUCAUUAUGUUCUUAUUCGAGCAGUAGAUAAAUUCUAUGAAGCUCAUAACCAUUAUCCUGGAGACUCUGAGGAAGAUACUGAAGAGGCUAAAUCUGAUUUCGAGUCAUUAAAAACUUACGUUAACGUUUUGUUAUCAGAUUGGCAGAUCACAAACAUUCCAGAUCAUCUGGAUGAUUAUAUCCAUGAAAUGUGCCGCGCUGGAGGAUCAGAAUUACCGAAUAUGGCUUCUUUACUUGGUGGUUUAGUGUCUCAAGAAGUAAUUAAACUUGUUACUCGACAAUAUAUCCCUAUAAAUAACACCU